GAGGCUGCGUUCCGAAAGUCGGAACCGGCGAGUCGCGCCCCUUUCUUCCGCCGGCGCUGUUCCACCGUGUUCUCCUCCCCGCUCUCCGCCGGAAGGGAAGAAAGUGGACAGAUUUGAAGGUACCUGUUUCCAAGCUGGUUGAUCAUCAUGAAGUAUAGACAAAAAACUAAAAAGUCAGGUAAAGGUUCCAAAGGCUGCAAGAAGCCUGCAAAGCAAAAUGGGAAGAAAGCAACCUCCAGAGUGUCCUCCACUUCCCGUUCUGUUCACUGCAAUGAUCAUGCCAGCCGCGAGGUGGCAUUAAAGAAGAAGAGGGUUGAGGAGAUGAGGGAGAAGCAGCAAGCUGCCCGGGAGCAAGAGAAAUACAAACACAGGACCAUUGAGAACUACUGUCAGGAUGUCCUGAGACGUCAGGAGGAGUUUGAACGCAAGGAGGAAGUUUUGCAGGAAUUAAAUAUGUUUCCUCAGUUGGAUGACGAGGCCACAAGGAAGGCUUAUUACAGAGAGUUUCGCAAGGUGGUGGAGUACUCUGAUGUGAUUCUGGAAGUCCUGGAUGCGAGAGACCCAUUGGGCUGCCGCUGUUUCCAAAUGGAAGAAGCUGUUCUGCAAGCAGAAGGCAACAAGAAGCUGGUCCUGGUUUUGAACAAAAUUGACCUGGUUCCCAAGGAGGUUGUGGAGAAAUGGCUAGAUUACCUUCGCAAUGAGCUGCCAGCCGUGGCUUUCAAGGCUAGCACCCAGCAUCAGGUCAAGAACUUGAAUCGGUGCAGUGUGCCAGUGGAGCAAGCCCCUGAGUCACUGCUGAAAAGCAAAUCCUGCUUUGGAGCUGAAAACCUCAUGAGGGUUCUGGGGAACUAUUGCCGCUUGGGUGAAGUGCGCACUCACAUCCGUGUGGGUGUUGUGGGACUUCCCAAUGUUGGGAAGAGUAGCCUCAUCAAUAGCCUGAAGCGCAGCCGUGCGUGCAGUGUGGGAGCUGUUCCUGGGGUCACUAAAGUCACGCAGGAGGUCUACUUGGACAAGUUUAUCAGGCUGCUGGAUGCCCCGGGCAUUGUCCCAGGACCCAACUCAGACGUGGGCACCAUCCUGCGCAACUGCAUCCAUGUGCAGAAGCUGGUAGACCCUGUGACCCCUGUGGAGACUAUUUUGCAGCACUGCAAUCUGGAGGAGAUUUCUAACUAUUACGGCGUGUCUGGGUUCCAGACCACUGAGCACUUUCUGACUGCAGUGGCCCAGCGCUUGGGAAAGAAGAAAAAGGGAGGCUUAUAUAGUCUAGAACAGGCUGCCAAAGCUGUCCUGGCUGACUGGGUGAGUGGGAAGAUCAGCUUCUAUAUACCACCACCACCCACACACACUCUGCCUGCCCAUCUCAGUGCUGAGAUUGUUAAGGAGAUGACUGAGGUCUUUGACAUUGAGGAUACUGAGCAGGCCAAUGAAGACACCAUGGAAUGCUUGGCCACAGGAGAGGCUGAUGAGCUCUCGGGUGACAUAGAACCACUUGAAGUGGAGAUCAAGAAGCUGCAUUCUCCAGUGAAGAAAAUACCAGAUGCCGCUGAAAAUAAAACUACCAUCUAUCAGAGUGGAGACCUCCCUGGGUAUUGCACCAGUCCAAGCCAUUAUCAGGUGGGGUGGGCUAAACGCAGUGUGGACCCCCACUGCCCCAAGAACAGUAGCAUGGUAGAGGUCAACUCAGUGGACCGUCGCCCAGUUCUGCAGAGGAUUAUGGAGACAGACCCCUUGCAACAGGGCCAGGCUCUGGCAUCCGCCCUGAAGAAUAAGAAGAAGAUGCAGAAGCGUACAGAUAAAAUUGCCACCAAGCUGUCUGAUUGCAUGAUGUCAGUCCUCGACCUUUCUGGCAAUGGUGAUAGCAGUGCUGGUGACUAAUCCGAUGAUCUCACCCUCUUCUCUAAGCCCUGGUUCCUGUGGGAUGAGAGAAUACAGAUGGAGUUUGAGUCUCUGAAGCACCUGUAUAAUAAAAGAACCUCUUGCAUACCA